AGAAAGAGAGAAUGAAGCAAAAAGACUUGGUCUUUGAUGGAGUUUUCAUGGCACAAUCUGUGCCAACUCACAGUCAAGAGUCAAUAUCCUACACACCCCCUACGAAUUACAGGCCGUCCACUAAAGUCCAACAUAACCGGCGGAUGUCUACACACCACUCAAUCAUUGGUCCAGCUCUUGGGAGCUCACCAUUUAUCAAUCGUGUGAAGUCAACACUAAAACUCUGAGAGAGAGAGAGAGAGAGAGAGAGUGAGUGUGUGUGUAGUUGUGGUUGCUGAAUGGGUACUCUUGUGGCUUCUUGUUUUGUGAUUGUGAUGUUGGAGAUUGUAUGGUUGUAUGGAGGAGUGGAUGGAGCUUACGUGAAGUACAACACUGCUGCUGGGGUUGUGGAAGGGAAGUUGAACGUGCAUUUGGUCCCGCAUUCGCAUGACGAUGUCGGAUGGUUGAAGACCGUUGAUCAGUACUAUGUCGGCUCGAAUAACUCCAUCCAGGGUGCUUGCGUCGAGAAUGUGCUCGAUUCCGUCAUCGAAGCGUUGGCGCGGGAUCCCAAUAGGAAGUUCGUGUUCGCUGAGAUGGCUUUCUUCCAAAGAUGGUGGACAGAGCAAAGUCCAGAAACACAAGAACAAGUGAGGAAACUUGUGAAUGCUGGCCAAUUUGAAUUCAUAAAUGGCGGAUGGUGUAUGCAUGACGAGGCUACAACUCAUUACAUCGACAUGAUUGACCAAACAACUCUAGGUCAUGGCCUGAUAAAGUCACAGUUCAACAAAGUUCCUCGAGUUGGAUGGCAAAUUGAUCCGUUUGGACAUUCUGCCGUGCAAGCUUACCUACUCGGAGCUGAGGUUGGAUUUGAUUCCGUGCAUUUUGCGAGGAUCGACUAUCAAGACAGAGCGAAUCGCAAGAAUGAUAAAUCUCUUGAGGUUAUAUGGCGUGGGUCUAAAACAUUUGGUUCCUCAUCUCAGAUUUUCACAAAUGUGUUUCCCAUUCACUAUGGUCCACCGGAAGGUUUCGAUUUUGAAGUGUCCAAUGAUUUUGAGCCUGUUCAGGAUAAUACUCUCCUAUAUGACUACAAUGUCGAAAAAAGAGUGAAUGAUUUUAUUAGUGCUGCAAUGACACAGGCAAAUGUUACCAGAACAAAUCACAUUAUGUGGACCAUGGGUGAUGAUUUUCAGUACCAAUACGCCGAGUCUUGGUUCAAGCAGAUGGACAAAUUCAUUCAUUAUGUUAACAAGGAUGGUCGGGUGAAUGCACUAUACUCUACACCAUCUAUUUACGUCGACGCCAAAAAUGCAGCAAAUGUGUCAUGGCCUUUGAAAAGCAAUGAUUACUUACCGUAUGCAGAUAGAAAAGAUGCCUACUGGACUGGUUACUUUACUAGCCGGCCAGCCCUGAAACGAUAUGUUAGGAUGCUUAGUGGAUACUAUUUGGCAGCGCGCCAGCUUGAAUUUCUUGUGGGGCGCAGGUCCAGUGGUCCUAGCACUUAUGGGCUCGGAGAUGCCUUAGGAAUAGCGCAACAUCAUGAUGCUCUCACCGGUACUUCUGUACAGCACACGACCAAUGAUUAUGAGAAGCGCCUAGCUAUUGGAGCUUCUGAGGUCGAAGCUGUCGUUGACAAUGCUCUCUCCUGCCUUGUUAGUAAGAAAUCAGGAGGUCAGUGCUCAUCACCUGCUUUGAACUUUAGCCAGUGCCAAUUACUCAAUGUAAGUUUUUGCCCAGCCACAGAGGAAGAUAUUCCGGACGGAAAGAGUCUGGUCGUGGUAGCAUAUAAUUCGCUUGGAUGGAAUCGAACUGAUAUUUUAAGGAUCCCCGUUACUGAUUCAAAUUUUUUCGUCCGUGACUCUUCUGGAAAUACCGUUGAAGCGCAAUUUGUCGAUUUGGAUAAUGUUACAAUCAACUUGAGGAACUUCUAUGUGAAAGCCUACUUGGGAUUGUCGCCUCAGCAGGUCCCUAAGUACUGGCUUCUAUUUCAAGUUUCAUUACUGCCAUUGGGUUGGAACACAUACUUCAUUUCUAAAGCAGCUACAGAAGGGGAAAGUAAAUCUAGUUUCCUUUCAACACUGGACAAUCUACAAAAUGAUACCAUAGAAGUUGGACCAGGCGAUGUGAAGAUGCUAUUUUCAUCAACCUCCGGGCAACUUGUCCGGAUAUUCAAUUCCAAAACGGGGGUUGAUGUAACAGUACAGCAAAGCUAUCUCUACUAUGCAUCAAGUAUUGGCGAUACAGAUGAUUCUCCGGCUUCUAAUUUGUACGUCUUCCGACCAAAUGGGGCUCUUCCAACUAUUGUUUCAAGAAAAGUGCCCCUGAAGGUUGUUCGGGGACCACUAGUCGAUGAAGUGCAUCAGCAGUUCAGUUCAUGGAUCUAUCAGGUCACAAGAUUACACAAGGACAAAGAGCAUGCUGUUGUCGAAUUUACAAUUGGACCAAUUCCAACAGAUGAUGGAGUUGGGAAGGAGGUGAUAAUGCAAAUGACGACAGAUAUGGCCACAGAGAAGACCUUCUACACCGAUUCUAAUGGAAGGGACUUCAUAAAACGGGUGCGAGAUUGUAGACCAGAUUGGUCCCUCACUGUUACUCAACCUGUUGCAGGAAAUUACUAUCCAAUUAAUCUUGGCAUUUUCACCAUGGACAACAAAACGGAAUUCUCGGUCUUAGUGGAUCGUGCCGCUGGAGGAGCCAGUAUCAAAGACGGGCAAAUAGAGUUGAUGCUUCACAGGCGAAUACCCUUUGAUAACACAGGUGUUGUCGGACCUCUCGACGAGAUGGUGUGCAUCGCAAAUAGCACGUGCGAAGGACUAACGGUACGAGGACACUACCAUAUAGGCGUCAACAAACCCGGGACAGGAGCUCGCUGGCGUCGGACUACUGGCCAAGAAGUGUACUCGCCUUUAGUUUUGGCUUUUGCACAUGAGAAGAUGGAGGAUUGGACAGGUUCUCAUGUUACCAGGGCGACUACUAUGGAUUCGAGUUACAGUUUACCUCAGAAUGUCGCUUUGAUCACUCUGCAGGAAUUGGAUGAUGGAAAUGCACUUCUACGUCUUGCACAUCUUUAUGAGCCCGGUGAAGAUGCGGAAUAUUCAACCUUGGCUCAAGUCGAGCUGAAGAAGAUGUUCGCGGGAAGGACGAUAAAGGAAGUGAAAGAAAUGAGCCUGUCUGCGAACCAAGAGAAGUCUGAAAUGAAGCGGAUGACAUGGAAAGUCGAAGGGGAAGCGACAGUGGAACCGACACCCUUAAGAGGCGGCCCUGUCGACGUGUCGGAUCUUGUUGUCGAGCUUGGUCCCAUGGAAAUUCGCACCUUCUUGCUGAAAUUCUAAGCAUUGUACAUAAUGUCUCUUUUCAUGUAAUCAAUUAACAUCCAAUGUCUCCUUCAUACAUGCCCAAAGGGUACCCUUUAGCUCAAGAUGAAACCAUUAAGUGCA